AUUGUUUCCUUUCGCCCCGUGCACACGUGCGCUCGCCGUCCGCUGAGCCAAGAGUGCGAGCGCCCAACGACGGAUCCGUGCGCGUCGCCCAAAGCCCCCCGUUUCGCUCGGUACGCGGACGCCCGUUGUGCUUGUUCGUGUACGGUAACGUACAGUGUUGUUGUUGUGGUUAUCGUUUGUUUCGAGUGUUGGUUCGCGAUCGAAUGUGACAUCGGCUCUGCGGGGUCUAGUGUUCACCCACUGUCGGGCGCUUUAAAGUGUGCGCGUUAUCGGCCAUCCGGGGGUUGGGAAUGGUUUCGGGACCAUCAAAUCCUCCGCUAUCUGUCCGGUCCUGCUUGAGUGUGUGGCCUUGAACGGGUGUGUUUUCGGUGUGAGUGGUACACAGCGUUCCGGGCUAUGCGGCUAAGAUAAAUCACCGUCAAUCAAGCGACACAAGCGGCACAAGAAGCUGCAGCUCUCCCUCACAACAAGCCGUCUUGAUGAUGCACCACUAAAGUGGCCACUGUUCUCUAACCCCAAAAAAAAAAAACGCAAAGCGACGACUCCCUCUCAAGUGGUGUAAAUUGGAGGUAACAAUUUUCGCACCAAGUGGCCCCUACCGGUGGUUGUUGCCUUGAACAAUCGAAGACACACGCAAAGCCGGUUUCACUUUACUGUGACCUCGCUUGCAUACGAUCGCGAACUGCAUGGAUUCGGACACGGCCACAUCCAGCAGUGCAUCGUCGGUGGUGGGUUACUGUCUCUAUGCGGCUGACGGUUCAACCGGCAGCUCGCAUCGGCCCCGAAACGGUAGCAUUACGAUGAUGGACGGUAUGAGCGUGUGGAGCCCGAUGGAUACGAGCCCGAUGGAUCACCGACACAGCGAUCGCGACGAUGAUCGCGACUACAACGAGAACAAAGUUACCGUGAGCUUCUGUACCAACGCCAUAACGGCCGAUGCCGUCGAACAGCUGACGGUGAAGGAGUCGGACUGUCAGAUGCAGCUAAUGACGAAGCCGAGCGAGGUGGCGGUGGUGGUUGACACACCGAACAACCGUGUCCGGAUGGCGCUGGGUGUCCUGAUCCGUCUGAUGCUACCGGUAACGCAUGGUGUCGCACGUGGCUGGAAAGGGCUUCGCGGUCUUAGCGUGCUGGCACUGCUCCGGAAGGUGCGCGAAAGCCAUGGCCUGCUGACGACACUGUUCGCGGUGGCGGCCAACACCGUAUCGAUGAGUCUGUCCUCGGUUCAAGUGGCACACCGGAUCGAUCCACUGCUGCGGGUGAUCAAGCUGCGCAAGGAUUCCACCUCACCGACGAUCGCAAUCAAACCGAGCGGACUUCCGGGCGCUCCAACGGUGCCCAACACACAGGCGCUAGCAACACUACGGGUACCGCGCCAUCUACCGGACCGUUGCGUCGAGUUGGUUGUGCUCGCGGAACCACCGCCGGGCGAACCGAUACGUGCCGAUAUCGUGCUCAUCCACGGGCUGCACGGUUCGCUGGUGAACACCUGGAAGCAGGGCCUGUGGAACAGUGAAGGUCGUCUGGUAAACUUCGAACGACCUCCGAAGCCUCCACUGCGACCACCGAAAAGGCAACGCCAUUCGAGGGCAAACUUGUUCGCACCGCCGCACGUGUCCAAGCGGCCAAAGUACGAUUGCCCCGCCGAGGAGGAUGGUCUGGAGCAUAGCAACGCGGAGGUAAACACGUGCCGAAACACGACCGCCCCGUUCGAUGAGUCGCGGUCAACUUCGUACGAGUUUGCUCACCGGCGCUAUACGUACGAAUGUGGCGAACCGGACGAGGUACACUUUGCGGACGAUGUGGAGUACAGCUUUCCCACGUUCCGGUUGCGCAUAGAGGAGGAACACGGUCGCAAAUCGUCCACCAUCGACGAGGGAGUUUCGGCAGCAUCACCAGGAGUUAAGCGAAAGCUACCGAAACCUACCAAAGAUGAAAAUUGGUCCCCUUGCUGGCCGGGCGAUUGGCUUCCGCUGGAUUGUCCCGGGGUGCGCGUGAUCGCCGUCAACUACACCACCGACCCGUACCUUUGGCGACCGGUUUGGAUUACCAAAAGGAAUCGAUCAAACCUGGUCGAUCGUGCUCGAGAAAUGAGUGAUCUUCUGAUAGCGAAAGGUGUGGGUCGUGGUCAUCCCAUUGUUUGGGUGGGACACUCGAAGGGUGGCAUCUUCAUCAAGCAGAUUCUGGUCGAUGCGUGGGAAAGUGGUCGUCCAGCGGCCGAGCCACUGUGGCGAUCUUCGCGCGGCACCUUCUUCUACUCCGUACCGCACCGGGGAUCUCCACUGGCGGACUUCAAUUUGCCUCUACUGCGUCAAUCGGUGGAGUUGCUGGAAAUACAGAAAAAUUGUUCCAGUAUUCUGGAGCUACACAGCCGCUUCGUUGCCCUGUAUCACAGCGGCCAGCUGAAGAUAGACGUGUUUAGCUUCGUCGAAACGGCCAUGACGCUCAUGUCCGUACUGUACCUGCGCAUCGUCGGGAUUGAUUCUGCCGAUCCCGGCAUCGGUGAAGUUUGCGGAGUGCACCUAGACCAUCGGGAAAUAUGUAAGCCCCGCAGCCGGAACUGCAUCCUCUACACCGAGCUCGUCAAGAUGAUCAAUCGCGUGAGUUGAAGCCAAAGACACGGAGCGUGAUAUGGAGCAGAGUGACAGGGGAAGCUACGGCAGUCCGCCGGAUGUACAUAAGCUAGAUAGUGUAAGUUACCCCACAGCAAAUGCUACGGAUGUACCAGGACAGGAAACAGCCAACAGGAACAGGAGCUUAUCUGGGAAGGAAGCUCAAUAUUUGUUUUAAAAUAUGUUUCCACAUUAACGCGCGUUUGCUAACAAACGGACCAGUUACCCUAAGAAGACCGCAGUAGCUGCUAUCACCACCGAACGCUGGCUUUGAGAUUAGUUUGACCACCCCCCAGUGAGUGUGGUCGUGUUACAGCAGAUUUGUUUUAGAAUUAUGUUUUUUACGUUUUUGUUUUCUUGUUUCCAUUAAGCAUGUUACUUUCGUUACACUUAUACGACCUUGUUUUUAGCACGCAAAGUCUAACUAUCUCGCGAACGAACUCGUAGCAGUUCGCAGGAAGCUGGAGUAUCGAGCUUUGAACAGUUUGACACGAGCAUCCUUACGAACACGUAUUUUACUUCCUCAAAGUUACGCUCGAUGCUAGCAAAGCUGGCACGAGAGGUAUGUUUCAGAUGGACGGGAAGUAACGUCAGCCAGCAAAUACUUUUGUGAUAAUCCGGUUAGGAAGCCGUUUGAUGCAGGAUGUUUAGGAUAGAACGGGCGGUGUGUCCCCAGUGUGAUAUGGGGAUACACUUAUCGUGAAAUAAAUAUUCGAUCGUUGGACAUUCAUUCCACGAUUAGCGAUACAAUAAA